AUGUGGCAACACUGAUCAGUAUACACAGGAGGCGUCGGCGGCUGGUUCAAAUGAAAAUGAGUUCGGAUAGGAACAAAAGAUACUUGGCAAAGAAGGGAAAAAAGAAGAACGGGUUUAAAAACAAGAACGAAAAAUUCAUUGCUAGAGAAUCUGAAUCUAUAAGCAAUGAAGAAAUUUUUUCCAGUUCUGAAGAUGAACAAGAAGAUCAGAGAGAUUAUUGUAAAGGAGGGUAUUGUCCCGUAAAAAUUGGAGAUGUGUUAAACAGUCAGUAUCGUAUAAUUCGCAAGUUAGGAUGGGGACAUUUUUCCACUGUAUGGCUUUGCUGGGAUUCAAAGGAAAAAAGAUUUGUGGCUCUAAAGUUAGUGAAAAGUGCAAGUCAUUUUACAGAAAGUGCUGCUGAUGAAAUCAAGUUAUUGAGAAGUGUUAGAGAUACUGAUCUAGAUGAUCCAUGCAGAGAGAGAGUCAUCCAACUUCUAGAUAAUUUUCAAGUAAGCAGCAUAAAUGGAAAUCAUACUUGCAUGGUAUUUGAAGUAUUAGGUCAUAAUUUAUUGAAAUUAAUUAUUCGAUCGAACUAUCAAGGAAUACCCAUCCAAUGUGUGAAAACAAUUAUAUCUCAGGUUUUGGAAGGUCUACAUUAUCUCCAUACAAAAUGCAAUAUUAUUCAUACAGAUAUUAAGCCAGAAAAUGUGUUAAUAACAGUUGAUGAAAGCUACAUUAAAAAGCUAACGUAUGAAGUAAUUCAACGCCAGAAACUUGGACUUAGACCUUUGGCAUCUCAAGUUUGUAAUGCACCAAGAGAAUUAAAAAAUUGUAAUAAUUCAAAUAUGUCAAAAAACAAGAAGAAGAAAUUGAAAAAGAAAGCCAAUUGGCAACAAAAAUUGAUUGAAAUGGAAGUUCAGGAAUUGGAAAAGUCUGAGACUGAUGAAAACAUUCAUAUUGAAUUGUGUCCAGGAAUUAAUAUAGAAAAAAGUUGUUCUAAAGAAUAAUUUUUAAAC